AUGAAUGUAAACAAAAGCAUUUACUUUAGCUACCCGUGUCGACGUCAUAGCUGUUCUUUAGUAAACAUCCCAGCCCCAUGUGUCAGCAAGAUUAUUUCACACAUUGAUGAUGUGGAAUCCAAAAUACAGCAGCAUUUAAAGCAGCUUGAAACUUCCUUUGAUGCAUGGAGCAGAACUUCUUCCAUGAAAGACUUGAAAGAAGAUUGGAGUAUUGCUGUGUCAGAUAAAGAAGUCCAGCCAGGACAAGAGAGAGAUGAAAUGUGUCCAGAAUUAAGGCAACAAAUGGAAACUUUGCUUUCGGAAGCCAUCCAUCUUAUUAAAUGUCUAGAAAGUGACCGGGCUGAAGCUGAGGAGGCUUUGAAGCAUCAAAGGAUAAGAAAGAAAAAGGUCAGCCUGAAGAUUGAUGCUUGGUCAAUCUGGAAGCUUCAAGAACUCCCACUUGCUGUACAGAAAGAACAUGAGGCUUAUAUGAGAGAUAUUAUUGAAUUACAAUGGCAUCUUGAGGAUAAAAUCCGUGAAGCAAAACUGAUAGAGAAACACAAGGUGAGACUGGAAGAAGCCAAUGCGAGGAUUCAAGCAGACAUAGACUACCUGGUGAAUCAAAUCCCUCUUUUGGAUGCCAAGCAGAAGCUGGAAGUGGAAGCUCUGAGGGAAUGUUACCAAAAAAAAUUCGAGGUAAUGGAGCUGUGUAGAAAAAUUCAUGGAGAUCUUGAAGAAGCUCUAGAAGACUUUGAAAACACUAAGUUUAAGUCUAAGCAAUUGAAGGAAGAUUUUGAAAAAGAGAUUCUUAAGGAUGAAGCAAGCAUCAACAACUACAAGAAAGAGUUAGAUAAGCUUGCCAAUCUAUUCAAUCACUACAUCAGUUCAAUAAACAAUGUUAACACUGACAUUGAGGAGCACGAAGAGGCAGUGACGGAAGUAAUAAAGGAAACAAAAUCAUCAAGGAAUGAAGUAGCCAGUUUAUCCAAAGUUCUUGAUGAUUUGAAGAAAACAUUUGAUCAACAAGGCUGGAAACAAAAAAACUUUGAGCAACAGUAUCUGGAUGCACUAAAUAAAUUUUAUGCUGCGAAAAAAUCAUGGGCUGUUGAGAUUUCUAAUGUCUCCAAAGAGUAUUCGGAAAUUUCAUUAGCUUAUAUGCAAGUGAUGGAAGAAAAGAGAAGACUUGAGAUUGACAUCGACAAUGUAACAAAUCAAAUCAGUGACAGCAUAAGAAAAAAAGCGGAGCAUGAGUCUGAAAUCCAAUCUUUGUUGAAACUGAAGUCGAAGAAUAAUGUUUAUCUCAAGCAGCUCUACAUGGAGGCCUACCACAUCAGUGCUGUUUACCACCUCAUCAAACAUAAGACAGAAGAAUUGGAUGAUAAGAUAUCGGAAGUGAGAAGAAGAUUCAAAGGCAGAGAAGAUUUCUUGAAAAAGCUUAUUCGAAGUCAAGUGGCUGCUGGAAUGGUGAUGCAGAAAAGAAUGUUUUCCAUUCAAGAAUCUCAGUUGCUGGAGAGGCAGGAUCUUCUGCAAAAGAAAGCCAUAUACAACCUAACCAUUGCAGGCAUGGAGGAACCUCUAAGUCAGAUGGAAGAGGAAGCUGAAAGAAUCAGAGCUAUCCACCAAGAUCAAACUAAUACACUUAAUGAGGUACUUGAGAAGAAAGCCAAUGUUAGAAGAAGGGUGGAAAAAACCAAGAAAAGCUUGAAGAAAAGAGGGAGAAAAACCCUUGAAGCACUAACAGAAACUGAGAGUAAACGUUCAACUGUUUUUAAAGAAUUGGAGAAAGCAAAAAGUAAAACCAUUAUUUUUCACACAAAGAUAGAUGAAUUGAGUCACGAAUUAGAAAUAAAAGAAAAAGAAAAGAAGAGAUUUGAAAAGAUAUUGGUUAAUUUAAGGGAUGUAUUUUUAACUGCACAAUUUAAAAGGGAGCAUGCGCAAGCUGUGUUUGAUCAACUCAUGGAGGCGAAAGCAAACUGUGAGGAGAGGCUCUAUGAGGAAGAGCAGAGAUUUAGAAAGCUUUUUGCCAUGAGGCAAAAUACCCUGGGAGAUAUGAAAAAAAUGCAAGAGAAGUUACUAGUGGAAAAUCUAUGUUUAGCUCAAGAGUAUCAACAUAUGCAGAAGGUUUUCUUGAAAGAAAAGGACAAUUAUCUCUGCAGAUAUGAUAAGCAGCUCUCACUUGAUGCCUCACUUCGGGAUAAGAAACAGCUCUGUAUGCUGCAGAAGAGGAUGCAGGGGCUGUGGCAGGAGCACAUGAGACUGGUGGUCCUCUACAGCCAGAGGCGGCUGGCCAGCUUCCAGACUGACUCUCAGGAGACUAUUCAGAAAAUAUUAGCUGUGCAGGAUGAAUCCUCAAAUUUAAUGCAACACAUCUUAGGCUUCUUCCAGACUUUGACAGAUGGCUCCUCCGAAAACGAUGGUUAA